AUGUCUAACCAAAAUCACUCUUCUCACCAAUAUAAGUCUAGUGAUGAGGGCUCGCAGCGAUACUCCUAUAUGUCUAAUAUUUCAGCUUAUUCCGGCGUGGUCUCUGAUGCCAUUCCAAUUACCUAUCACAACAAAGACAUAAGAAUUGCCCAAGGGGACUCGUUUCAUACUCCCUCGCCAUCACCAACUAUUGAAUCACAAGGCCAAGUAUCGCAAUCUGCGAUGCCUAAGUCCUUGGACUCCUUCCCUCCACAUCUCCCUUUUCUUAGAUUGAAGAAACUGCCACCUAACACAGCAUCAUCUGCUAACUCAAGUUCAUCACCUUUGAGAAAUUCAUUUGGUCUUCAAUAUAAUACCACUGAAAACUUAGAAGAAGAUAUUCCGUUGAGCUCGCCUCCCAAGGAUAUUACCACCGUUUCUAAUUACGAGAGUUCGGUCGAUUCUAAUGAUGCAGAGGACAUUAUAAACUCGAGAAUACAUUUUGAAAACAACUCGCUUGGGAAUGUUGGAACUACAAACAAUAAUGUUGUUUCUGACUUGAUUCAUGAGCAAGAUCAUCCAAUUGCUAGCUUCAAUGGGUCUAUCAUCGCCGGCUCCACUGAACCGGAACAUUUGAACUCUUUAACCAGUCACUCUACAGAUCAUUCUUUUCAGGUUCACGCUAAUCCCAAUGGAAUUAUCAAGGAUGCUUCUGACAGAAUGCCGGGAUCCUUUGUUUUCAAUACCCAUCCUACUGUCUCCAAUACUGGGCCUGCUCCAGAUAGAUCAGUUCCACACAUGGUUGGCCAAAAACCAAAGUCCAGGCCUCAGUCUGUGGACUAUCACCAAAGUAACGUUCCAACUAAAAACGUUACCAUGGGCUCAUCUAAUCCAGGAAUACCACUGAACUAUUACUCCAUGAGAAAUUCACUUUUUGGUCAAGGCGCCUAUAACAACAGUUUUCGUGCCGGGGAAACUCCUAGUUCAAGCAAAGAGGCCAUGGGAAACAGAAAAUCAUUUCUCAAUACAAAACAAUUAUCAAUUGAUGUUAACUCGAAAAAUCCCAUCUCUCUGGACGAUCAAGUUAAAUCUCCUGGCUCGAGACAUUCUAGAAGCUCUUCCAUCCAUAACGAAGCUGAAUUAAAAUCUCCAACCAGCGUUGCUAGCUUUGGAAACGAAGGAUCUGAAGCCUCUAACAUAAGAUCCACAAUUAUUUUAGCUCCUCCAGGUGCAAACCCUGAUGAGCUAUUGAUCCCACCAAGAUCUCCAAUCAGACCUAUGCCAUCGGAUUUUAGUGAGCCAUCUUCAGUAAACCUCCACAAUUACGAUUUGGGUGAUAAGAAACCACUGCCAAUUGAAAAAGAUGAUUCAUUUGAUUCUCAUAGUGAUGAAAAUUUCACAUCUAUGGAAAAUACCAACAAGUCCUUACUACCUACUUUUGGCAGUGAUUUUGAUGAGAUUUCGUUCACUUCGCUUGAUAAUAAGACUCUUCUUAACACUUUGCGUAAUAGUGACUUGAGAUCUGUAAAUGGGGAUCAUAGUAUCAUCAGACCUUCCGAGGACGUGGCCAGUGUUAGGGCUCCAGCGUCAGAGACCUCUACCAGGAAUUUGAAUUUUGAAUUACGACCACCAUCGGACAACAACAUGAUUCUGCAAGAUUUGGAUUUAACCGAUGAUGAACAAAUUACCAGUUUGAUUAACGAAAUGAAACUACGGAACUCUACUCAAAAUCCGUAUAGUCCUAAACUGCGAAACCAUAAAUCUUUUUCGAUGUUUGGUAAUUCCACGUUCGUUCCACACGAAUCUUCCAGUGAAUCCUCACCUCAGCCGAUGGCCAUUCCAGAAAGGUCUGAAACUGUGAAAUUGAGGGAUAUAUCAUUUUCCAGCGCCCAUAUGGAAUCGGCUCCGUCUGUCAGAGAAAAGAUUUCUGAUGAGAAUAAUAUGGAAAGUGUGAAAACUGCAAGAUCAUCUCUGACCUUGAAGAAGAAAUCGGAAGAGACCAUUUAUGAUUCUCGUACCACACCCAAGGACUCUGCACCAGAAGUUAAGCAUGCCGCUGCCUCUGGUGAUAUAGGUCAUGAUCCGCUCCUGGAAUUUUCAAAAGAUUCACUCGAUUACCACCACCAAAGGUAUAAGUCAGAUGAAGAUAAUGAUUUAGAAGAUCGGAAGACUUCAAGAAGGGCUUCUAGAUCCUCAAUUCGUACCAGUUCACGAAAGUCAAGUGUUUCUAUGAUUAAUAGCAAUCAGAGAAAGCCUUCCGUUGGUAGCACCAUUACGCUUAAUACUCGUAAUAAUAGUAUACAAUCUGAAUCACCUUUGCUUGUCAAAAAGCGUGACUCUAAUAGUCAGAUAACCACUUCUCGUCCAUUGCCCUCACCACCCUCGGUAACCACCUUGAAUGAUACUACUUCAAGAAAAACUUCAGUUAGCUCUUCCAGGACCACCACUUUAAAAAAACCAAGCUCAGAUAAUUUGCAAGCUACUCGUCCAAUUACUGAAUAUAGUUCAAUCCAAGAUUUGACUGCCGAAGUGGAAAAAGAAUUAGUACAGCGUAAAGCGAAUGAAGCUACAGUUUCUUCCAAUAACAGUGAAAAGGAAAACGUUGAAACUGAAAUUUUGGAGAACGAAAAUGAAGAUUAUAUUGAUAUUGGAAGUGCAUCUUUUGACCAAGGUGGCAAGCAAACAGCAGCCGAAGUUUCAUCAGAAGAAGCAAAUAAGGCUCGAAGCUUCCUCCAUAAUGGGAAGGUCAAAUCUAAACCCAAAUCGAGCUCAUCUUCUUCAAGCAAACGAAAAAAUAAGACGAAGCCACUUGAUUAUAAGGCUGUUUCAAGAAUGUUAGAGGCUACUGAAGGUACUGUGAUUGGCCUGGAGUUCAGAGACUUGGCCUUACCAUCACAGGAAAAGAGAUUACUCGAAAGAAUAGUUGACUCCCUUAGUAGAUUGACCGCUGAUAUGAUUUCUGAUCCCGAAAGAUACGAUGAAGGCAUUAGAAGAUUAUCUAAGGCCUUGAAGGCUUUAGAAGGCUUUGAUUGA